GAAACACUGUAGUGGAUCGGAAGGUUACUCAACCGUUUACAGAGGUAAACAACGACUUUUUUUGUGGGAGGAGUUAGCUUAAGGCCUAGUGGACAUACUCUACUCAUGAGUCACAAAUACUGAAUUCAUCUCUUGUCAUUAAGAGAGAAAGUGAGAGAAUCUCAUGGCAGAUGAUUGUGAUAUAAUUUAAAUUUCAUUUUCUGUUACAGUGCUAGGCAAGUCGUUUGCCUUCGUUCAGUCAGACUCCAAAGCAUGCUAUUCAAUUUCCUUUUAAGAUAAGGAUGAGUUUUAGAAUUUGACCUAUUAGACUAAAAAUCUGAAGAUUUCAUACUAGAUACAAAUUGCUCUGAUGUAGGCACAAGUUAGAGUUUUACUUAAAACUACCCUUUUGUAAAGGAGAAGUCAAAUCUGGUUAAUUUUGUUGCAACUCAGUGAGGGUCAUUUGGUGCAGCAACAUAUUAGUAAUGAGAUUUAACUUUGGGGUCAUAAUUGUCUUUCUGCAAUUUCUUUUGAUUCCAUGGACAUUUGUACCUCAGCAUUGCAGAGAUAGAAUCAACCAAAAUGAACUUAUUUAAGAAAAUGGCUGAGAAAGGGGGUCCUGUGCAUGUUUCACACCUGUCAAAAAGUAGUAAUAAUGCAUCACCAAAAAUUGGGUAAACAAGUUUAAAGUUCACAUAUUGUGAAAAGCAAAAAAAAAAAACAGUUCACUGGGGUUUUAAUUUCAUAUUUUCACUGGUCAUGAAAAUUAAAACACUUGAUCCUACAACAGGCAAUAACCCCUUUCCCCCAUUCUAAAAAUGAUCUACUUUGUCCAACAUAAAGAACACGCUGUGAAAGAAAAAAUCUGCUAAGGGGGAUCAGGGGAAUCCAACCAAUUAUCAAUUUACAUCCUUUGGAAAAUCUUUUACAAUUGGUUGGUAACUCUUCCCAUCUGUCAGUUAUUAAAACAGUUACUAAAACAGUUACGGUAAUACACAAUGUGCUUGAGAUUUUAAUCAGUUGGGAUGAAGCUGGGAGUAAAGCUACACAGAAUGUCCUUAAGUGGGAUUGAUAUACUUAUGUAUUCUCUUGGUCAUGUCAUCUGAUUGUCCAGGUGAGAGUAGUCCUGAAAAGGAAUGUUAUUGGAAGCAUUCACUGAUGUUUCAACAACCUGACUCUGAUGACAACUUUGGACCCAUGCCACUCUCACGUGGACAAUUAGGCUACAUUACAUGUACUAACUAUUACAUGUGGGGUCACACCAGUUCCUACAUUAUCUUUUCUUUACACACAUUUCCUAUCUUUUUUUCCUGCAAUUGACACUGCUUUUCUUUCAAAUUUAUCUUUUUUUACAGGGUUAAGUGACUAAUCUGCUGUAAGUAAAGAAAAUGGUGAGGUAUUGGCCUGUUAUAGAGCUUCUUUCAUUUCUGAACUUUUUUGGAACAACUCUGUUGGACAUUAUCACUCAAAAAUACAUCUAUGGCAGUUCAGUGAAAGAUCAUGUAGAUUUUGAGAGACCCAAUUGUUGUAAAACAUUGAAUAAUACUACCUGUGGUAGUUUAGAAAACCCUGGCCUCAUUUCAGCUGAUAAUGAUCAUUGGUUACUUUAUAUAAAUUUAGUGUCAUUUUUGGCAGCAAUGCCAUCAACAAUAAUUCUUGGAAUCUGGAGUGAGACUGAAGGACGCAGAAAUGUGUUGGUUGCUACCUUGAUAGGCAUUGCCUUACGUGCAGCUUUGUUUACCAUCAUUAUAAAGUUUCAAGCACCGUUGUACUUUUUUGUGAUUGCUAGUCUGAUGACAAGUGCGGUGGGAUACAACACUAGCUUCAUGGCAUCAUGUAUGGCAUAUACUGCUGAUAUUACAAGUAAUGAACAAAGAACUUUGAAAAUUAUGUGCUUAGAUUGCGCAGCAGGGAUUGGAAUUGGCUUGGCUUAUUUUAUUAGUGGGUUCUAUUUGGAAAGUCAAUCUUUCUAUGAUACCCUCUGGCUUAUCAUGGCUAUUAUGGUAUUUAACAUUUUAUGCGUGAUCUUCCUACUGGAAACAAAUGUCUUUACCCAUGAACUUACUCCAAUCUGCAGAUGCAGUGAUUUUGUGGGCAUUUGGAAAAUUUUCAGUCAUGAUCCAGGAAAUGGUCGAAGAUGGCGCCUAGUUACAUAUAGUGCUGCACUAUUUGUUGGUGGAGUGGUUUUUUAUGGGACAAAUGAUCUGAUUCUUUUUCAUGCCCAAACAUAUCUUUGUUUUACUCUGAUCCUGUUGGGUUUCUUAUCUGGUGCUCUAGCUCUGCGAUAUAUUGUAAGCCUGGUCUUUGUCAAGUUGUUUCAGACCAUCUUAAAAAUGGCCAAUAACCUGAUCAUUGAAUUUGGUUUACUGUCCCUUUUUGCUGGUCUUAUUGUGGCAGUAUUUAGCAGGACAACGCGUUUUUUGUUUAUUGGUAAGUGUUAUAGCAUUAUCUAUUGAAUUAUAAAUGCAUUCUGAUUGGUUCUUACUUAACCUUUUAACUCCCAAGAUCUGAUUGUGAAUUCUCCCCUCUAGCUGCUACAUAUUUCCUUGUCUAUUGGUUAUGAGAACUUGGUGCUAUAUCAAGAUAACAGCUUCUACCUGAUCAAUUUGAAUAUUCUCAUUACCUGUUUGUUGAAUAAUGUGUGAAUGUUAUAGGGAGAAGUUUUAUGUUGAUCACUUCUGGAAGUUAAAAGGUUAAUAUCGUUAAUAUGAUAAUAAAUAAAUAUAGUUAUAAUAAUGUUAAUAUGAUAAUAAUAUGAUACACACUCAACUGCACCUUGUGUGUCACUUUUUUGUUCUUACCACAAAUUGAUGCACAGCUGUGAUCUAUUACUAUUACUAUUUGUGAGAUACAUAAUGGUAUCAAUUGUGGCUAGUCUUACCUUCAAGAAAAUUCUGAGUUUCUAUUAUGGAUUCAAAUUCCUGGUAUUGAAGAAAUGUCCAAUUGUUGUGUUGAAUACAUUACAAUCAUCUUCUUGCUUUGCUUUAUGUUUAAAAGAUGUUGGUUGUAUACUAGGUAUGUAGUAUGUGGUAUAGUAGCCCAAUUUAUGUAUUAGGUAUGUCUCAGAAAGACAUACCUAAUUGAUAAUAGGGCUCACUUAUGAUUCAGUAGUUUCUACUGGUAUACUUAUUAAUAAACUUUUCACUUUUUUUAUCAGUUCCAGCAUUUCAGUUUUUAGGUGGCAUGCCAUUAUCAGUGAUGAAAGCCAGUUUGUCUAGGCUGGUAGAACCUCAGGAACAGGGUAAGAUGGAAUAGAACAUUUUUUGAACAUGCCACAUUUUUUUUCCUUAAAAUGCAAAAAAAAAAAACACGUGACAAACACUUGGUAUGCAAUACAAUAUAUAUAGCAUUAACAUAUAAUAACAACUUCAACAUAAUAGUACUUUUCACCAGUUAUAAUGUGUUACUUUAACCAAAGUAAUGUGGCACAUGUUACUCCUUACUACAUCUAUUUUGAAUUCUUACAGUGUUAUAUUUAUAAAUUAAUAUCCUGGCAUAUUUAUUAUUUACCUACUCAGUUACUCAUUUCUCUACUGUUCAAUAUGACUACUCACUUCAAUUUUUAUGAAUAUAUAAUUAGUACUCUUUUCUGAAAGUGAACAUGUACCCUUCCCUCUCUGGUAAGGGAUGUAAAGACAAAACUAGAGAGAGUGGUGAAAAAUACCCCACUUUUGCUGCCCAAUUUAGUUAAAAUUAAAGCCAAUAGUGUUGACCUAGUUAAAAUCUUUAGGCUCUAAUAAAACUUAUUCUCUGUCCACCAUUUGUUAACUUUAGUUUGAGGAAGGGACUUUCCCUCUUCAAUAACCGCGGCCACAAUUUGCUAUAACUUUUAUUUCUAAACAAACAACUCAUGUUUUUAUAGGAAUAUUGUUUGCUGUUGCCUCAUGUCUGGAGGCCUCAGCAGCCUUUCUUGGAGUUAUUCUAUUCAGUGAAGUUUAUGAUGACACAAGCAAGAUAUUAACUGGACUACCCUUUGUGAUAGGAGCCUUGUUACUGAUUGUUCCAGCUGGUCUUGUUGGGUUUGUAACACUUACCUAUUUCCUCAGUUUACCUCUUGUCAUUAGAAAUAUGAUUAAUUGAUGAACUGAUCUGUUGAUUAUUUUAUUUGAUGAAACAAUAAACAGACAUGCAUCUGUUCAGUAAUAGGCUGCAGAUUAUGUCAAUAUGUGAGAAGAUCAAAAAGUGAUGUCUUAUGUGCUUUUUUUGUGAUGAUGACACAAAGAGUAGUUAAUGGUGACAUCAUCUAUGUGUCUGUUCUUCAAUAGACUGAGAGUAAGGACCAUUUAAAAGGUGUUCAUUUUUCUGCCUAUUGUGUCUCAUUCAGAUGGACACAUGGGUAGAUAGAUGGUCAGAUGAGUGAAUUAAUAUUAGAUAAAAAUAUGGUCAUAAUGAUAUGGAAAAGAGAAAUGUGCAAAAUUGUACAUUUUUAAGAUCUAGCAAUAUUCAUGUUCAGUUGAAUAAAGUUAGAAUAGUUAAAAAAAAACUUGCAAAAAUUCAUAACUUCAAACAAAAAAGCAUACAAUAGCAUUGUAAAACAAAAACAACAGUACUUCUUGUUAACUAAAUUUGAAAGAUUUAAAUGCAGUUCAGUUUUCUACCCACACACAUUUAAGGCUAAGUGGUCCAAAGAUUAGCAGCCAUGUGAAAGUUUUGAGCUAAAAAAAUGGAAUGAGCCUUUAGUGAUGACAGAAUUGAUUAAGAAUGUGAAAGUAACAGGAAAGUUCUUUGGAGUUGUUCUAACAGUUCCUUGGUUCUAGUUGAACAAGACAGCUUACUCAUUUGUGUAAUCCCUCUUUUGUCCAUAGAUUUUUGCACAAAAAUGAAGAUCCUACUUCAAGAUAUUUGUUUUUCCCAGAGGAAUCAGAGUGUGACUUUGGUCACCAGUGCACAAUCAGUGUCCGGUCAAAAUCUGCUCCAAAAACUGUCAGUAUGCCUGUGGUAUCUAAUGAAGACUUUGUUAUUGUGCAUCAUCAAAAUGAAUGCCAGACCAGCAAUGUGGCUACCGAUGGUUGCCUAAUGCCUGUAUAAAUUUGUGCAACUGAUAAACUAUUUGCAUUCUGCCAAAACUAACAAUUUUUCUAAUGGCAUUGUUCAUUGCUUACCCAAUAACUACAGCCAUGAACAAGUGGUGUGAGAAAUUUUUGUCUUAGCUUUGCAGAUGGUGAAAAGGUCAUCUGCUUCAUAGACUGUCACGUUAAACCUGAUUUGAGUUGUCAUUAUAAUUGUUAUCAUCUCCAUUAUUAUUACUAUUAUUAUCGUCAGUAUUAUAUCAUUAGUAAUAUUUUAUAAAUACAACAUUUCGUUCCCUUGUUGUGAUUUAUUCUUUCUUUCAAGAACAUGUUGUGAGUAAUUAUGAGAUAGAAAUUAACUUAAGUUAAAUUAAGUUAUUUUGUGUUCUGGGUGGCAUUAGAAAGAGGCUUUGGAAUUAAGUUAUUUUUAGUGCUUAAAUCUAAAAUUGACAAUAAUUUUGUCAAACAAGAGUUAACUCUUUUAGAGUUCUUGAAAUAAUUGAACAAAUGCUGAAUAAAGAAAAUACCAGGUAUAGUAUUAUGUUACAUUGAAAAUUUAAAUUAUGCUUGUUACAAAUGAUUGAGUUUGUAUCUAAAUG